AUGGUUGAUAAUAAGAAUAACUGCUCCAGGGGAUCCCAUGGAUUCAGCAAUGGAAGUACGGGAAGUUUAAAUAAAGUCAACUUUUUUCUCAAAGUUUUCGUCCUUAUUUUAGUAAUUUUGGCCAUCCAAUGUUUCAACGAAAGUUUCUCCGGAUCUGUGCAAAAGAGCUCAGGAAAUGGAGUCAAGGUGGCUGAAAGACUGUUAAUGGAUGAUUUUUAUGACAGUACUGUAAGCCUCUCCGUAUCCAGCGAGGAGGAAGCUUCAUGGAACAGCUUAGCAUCUGGUAAGUAUCGGAAAAAAAGUGGAAAAAGUGGCAGCGAAAACGAACUAGACAAAUCUGGAACUAGUGGAAACGUUCCCCUAUGCAGUACCCUUGAUGGCGAUGUCCAAAUACCCGAAGAAGAACAUGUGUCCGGAAAGAAAAGGAAAUUAUCCAGAGAUGACGUCUACGGAAGCAAUGUAAUGGGAGAGACCACGAUGGACACUAUGGAAUAUGAGGAGAAUUUCAUGAGGCAGUGUAGAUAUAGAAAGAGAAAAGAAAAGUUUCAUAAGAGAGUGUUUAGAUUCCUCAAGAAACACCACUACAUUGUUGCGGCUCUUUUGGCUGCUAUUUGUGCAAUGGCCUCUGGAAUCCAAGUAGCAAUAGGAGUGGUGAUAGGAUAUGUAGUGUCCUUGGUAUUCCGAUAA